AUGCAUUAGAUACAUCCAUUUGUUCCAAAGUCCAGUUCCUCAAGCUUGCUACUGCUAGGAAGGUCUUUACUGUGUUUAUCUUAGCCACUAGGGAGUAUGUGUCCAAAAAGUCUAUCCCAUAAACCUGAGUGUAGCCCUUGGCCACCAGCCUGGCCUUUUCUCUUUCUAGGGAUCCAUCAGGCUUAAAUUUGUAUUUAAAGACCCAUUUGUUACCUAUCUCUUUAACAUUUGGAGGUAAUUGGACAACAUCCCAUGUCUGGUUUUCCUCCAAGGCAUGUAACUCUGAGUUCACAGUCCUAUUCCAUGCAUCAGACUUGAUUGCUUCAUAAUAUGAACUAGGUUCUACUAGGUUCAUGAUAUUCAGUGCAAAGGAUCUAUCAUCAUGACUCAAGCUAUCCACAUUCAGACAUAAAGGAUGCCUACUGCAAGAGUUUGAUUUCCCACAGUGACCAAAGGAAAUGCUUGGAUCUAGUUCAUAGUCCUUGUACUUACUUGGAAGUCAAACCUUUCUUUGAUGUCUGUCUGAUGACUCGAUAUUUGCACAUGUUUUCCCCAUUGUUUCUUGAUCGUUUAAGCUUGCAUUAUUUCUUCUUUGGCCUAUUUUACGCUAGGUUGUGUUCCUUUGUCACAUUUCAGGUCCUAGCACAUAAAGUGAAGCAUAGGCGCAAGUUUCAAAUCAAUUAGAGAUCAAUUGACGAUUCGGGAGAAGAAACUCGGGCAUGACCUGAAGAAGAAUGAAUUUGUACCUCACUUUAUGGAUAAAUAAUCAUGCAAUCUUGUCAUUAAAAGAAAGAGGACGAGACUAUGAGCGUCUGGGAUCAAACGGGGAAUGAUUCAGAGUCCGGACGAGGGAGAAACGAAGCAUUAAACAGAGGCUGAGCAAGCCACACGGGCAUCCUGGAACUCCACACGGCCGUGUGGGUCGUGGCCGUGUGGAAAUCACUGAGCCUUCACACGGGCAGCUGGGAAAGCCACACGGCCGUGUGGCCUGGCCGCGUGAUCGGGAAUUUCUGUUUAAAACUCGAUUUUCAGCCAAAGGAAAGGGGAGAGCUGGGUUUUUGGUUCCCAAACACCCAAGGGACGAACCCUAGAGAGAGAUAGUGACUUGGGAACAUUCUUGGAGCUAUUUUGGAGGAUUUCUUCGCCAUUGGAGCUCGGGAAUCAAGCUUGGAGAUGGAGAUUGAAGAUCUAGAUCAGAUUUCUGCAGUCUCUCUCUUCUCUAUGGAGUAACUUCCCUUCACUUAAGUUUUGAGGAAACCUAGUUCCAUGUGUUAGGAUCUUUCUUGUAUGAAGUUUUGGAUGCUAUAUUGUUUGAUUAUAAUCGAUUGAGGCAUGAUUUAUUGAGUCAAUUGAAUCUUGAUCAAAUUCUCUUGAUUCCUGCUUUAACCUAUGAUAGAUAGAAUCUGAUUAGGUUAAGAGAGCUUCCUUGAUUGAUGGUGGUGAAUUGGUUAUACGAGGUUUAGUCAAUCUACUGCUUUUUACUGGAAUCCAAUUCCGGUAGUGGAGUUCUGUGUUCAUAGCCUCAGCUUUUUAUCUCGGUGAAGGUUAGUCGCCUGCCGGGUAGUUGGACUGAGAGGGCUUGUUCAGCUUAAGAGAUUCCAAGCUACUGUCGGAUCUUCCGCAGUUUAAUCAACAGUAGAUCAACCAAAGGUAAUUUCAACUUGGACCUAAUUGAGGAGCUAGGGGGAAUCAUACCUAAGUGAGUUCACAACUUGUAAUUAGUAGAGUAGUCAGUAGAGUAGUUUAUAAAUCAAUCCUUAAUCUAGUUUGCUAGAUAAUGAACUGAAGCUGAGUAAUAGUAACUCUAGAGACCCGUGGAUUCGAUAUUUAUUACUUGUGCCACUAUACUGCAGUCCCUUUCAUUGGUUACACUUGGCCAUUGUUAGGUGUUGUGUUUUAGCGUGUCAAAUUUUUGGCGCCGUUGCCGGGGACUUUCUAGAUUAUUAGGAAAGGAAGAAGUUUGUUACUUUAGCGUUUUUCUUUUCUUUUCCACCCUUGUUUUUCACUUGGGUGUUUUUGUUUUUGUGGGUGCAGAUCUGAAUCAUGGAUCCUCAUGGCUUCUCCAACAAUUGGGGGUAUCCACCACCACCCGAGUGGUAUUACCCCGAGACUCCCUGGAGCAAUCAAGGAGGAGAAGACUAUGAAUUCGUGUUCCAGUACCAACCCCCUUACUACGGAGAACAACCGGACCCCUGGACAUAUCAAGAACAACCUCAUUACCAAGAAGAAUUUCUCCCACAACCAGAAAGGCCAUCGGCGCUGGAGUUACCCAUGGCGGCCUUCACGGGCCAUUCUGCAGAGCCAUGCUACACUCCACAGCCAGAUCCAAACUAUGAAUUGACGCUUCUCAUGGAACAGUUUGCUAGAGACAGUGAGAGAACAUGCUCCAGGAUGGAUCAUUGUGUCCAGGCCUAUCGUGAAACAGAGGAGAUCCUCCUGAGCCUUAAGAAGAGCGUCGAUGAUCUUGAGCGAUCUUGUGCACAACUUGCUCCCGAUCACCCUUCUGCUACCAUAAUAGAAGAGGUGGAGGAAGAAGAAGGGUACAAGGACAUUGUGGAGCACACUAAAGUUGUCACGGAGAGCUCCCGUGAUGAUCAUGAUCAUGAAUUUCCUGUCAUAGCCGACCACAACUUCCCACAUCCCAAACUGAGCUUUGAAGAGGCGGGCAUGAGUGAGGAGAUGCAAGAAGAUCUCAUGAAAGAAAUUGCUUGGCAGCUUGCUCUCCAAUCCGUACUAGAAGAAGAAGAGCAAGAAAGGGUGCAGAAAGAAGUUGUGGAGGAUGACGAAAGUGAAGCAGAAGGAGUUCUUGAUCAUUUCCCAGGGGUGAUACCACAUGAAGAAGAAAGGGAGGUUGAAGAAGCAAUUGGUGUCCAGGCUGAGGAUGAAGUUGAGGUGGAAGAGGCUUGCACCGGCCCUAUAAUACAAGUAAUAUACCCAUCAAACUUCGAGGAACUACUUAGCAAGGACCCAUUUGCAGUGUCUCUUUGCCAAACCAAGGCCACAUCGACAUCGGUCCCUCUUGGUGGACGCGAUGGUGGUCAAUCGAUGUUGUCAUAUAUGGUUUGGGGCAAUGAGACGAGAGAAGAGAAGAAGAGGUCUCGAGGAUGGAGACUUCAUCUGCAUCAAGUGCACGAGCUUCCAUCACCAGUCAUACCACAUGCUCGUGACUUGCGACUCCACCUCAUUGACGAUAACCUCAACUUCAAGGAGGUUCUAGCAUGAACCGAAACUUAGGAGCCAUCGUCUGGCUCACGACGUGAAAGAAGCGCUUGUUGGGAGGCAACCCAACCAGUCGGUUUGCAUUUCUUUCUCUAUUUCUCCUCGGUUGAGUCAGUUUUGUUAUUUGAUUUUAGAGUCAAUAACUCAACCUUUGUGAG